AUACUUGGUACAUAGAUUAGUUUUUGCAAUGGUGGUUUCAUAUGUAAAAAUGUUCUAAAUGAACAAGUAUGGAUAAUUAUCGCAAAGGAAAGAAUGCCGAGGAACCGCUGGAGCGUAAUAAACUUCCUUUUUUUAAUCUUCCCGAAAAAUUUUUGUGGAUGCAAGUGCGGGGUGGAACCAAAAUUCGAAAUGUGCUUAACUUCGCUUUAGAGAAAUUUGCAGAAACACAAUGUAUUGUUUGGACGGGUUUUGGCCCGUCGAUUGGGAAAACUAUUACCUGUGCUGAAAUUAUGAAACGAGAGUAUGGUAACUCACUAUAUCAAGUUACAAAAUUAUCAUACAGGUCUGUAGAAGAAUUCUGGGAUCCUAUACUACCUGAAUUAGACCAACUUGUUGUAAAAAGACAAAUACCUAUGAUCCAUAUCCUCUUAACCAAGAAUCUUGUCAGUAAAGAGGAAUCAGGAUAUCAACAAUCAACUACAGUCAGUCCAUUCACGAAAAAGAUAAAAAAUUAGUAGUUUGUAAAAAUAUAUUGUUCUGUCAAAUUUCCUAUUAACAAACCUGAGUAUCUAGAACAGAAAUUAUUAUAUAAUUGCAGUUUUGCAAGAAAAUAAAGAACAAAAAACUGAUACAUCACUUUUUAUUGUAAAUGUGAAAUUACUGU